AUGGCAGCGUUGGCUCUGAAAGUUGACAAAGGGAACAAUCCUGGCGGCUACUUUCGAGCAGAACAGUACUUCCCCAUAUGGGUGAUUGAUGUCCGAGGCCUAGAAUACGUCCGAAAGUACAUGCCAGCUGCAUCGGAAGAUCUGAAGGAAAUGAGCCGAGUCGAAGCCAUGAUGAAGUUUGCUUUCGAAGCAAGCCGGUCUCCUUUCGCCCUGAACUGCCACCUGUACGGUCUGCGACGACACAAAAUGGACACUGUCGAUAACGCCGUGCUCGGAAUCAAUGCAAAAGGAAUUGAGAUGUGUGACAUUGGUGACGAUGGAGAACGAAUCCCAUUGCGUUCAUUGCCGUGGAACCGAGUGACAAGGCUCUCAUUUGAUCGGAAAAAGCUGACCAUCGUCGGUGCUGACACCACCAAAAUGUGCUUAUAUGCUCAGAGUGAGAGCAAAGCUAGGUACUUAUUGGAAUUGUGCCGAGCAGUACAUCAGACGCUGUUGGUGCUUUCGCAUCAAAAUGGCAAAAUCGCUCCGUUACCACAGCUGUUCCAAGAGAAAAGCGUCGACCGAGUCUCCACGUCGUCAAACAACACCACCAUAGCCAACAACUGCGACAAUGAUAAAGGCAAUUCCGGUGAUCGAGGGCAAGGGUCGGUAUCGUCGAAACAACGAGUUCGCAUAAAACUCGACUCGAACCUCGACUUGAAGAUCGAAAAGAUGGAACUAGAACAUAUUCGACAGGAACGUGCUGCCAGCCAGUCGAGCAAAACAAGUGACGCAAGCGAUCAGGUUGAACGGAGGCUGACUACGGCUGAAGCUGAUUCUAACGACACACCACACGAUUUUAUAGCACAUCCUGUUGUGGAAGCCACAAAUAUGUACGUCAACUUCUGGUCGCCUUUUUCCCUUCUUAAUCAUUCGCAUUCGAAUGGUGCAGCCAAGCGCCCAUUCCUCGCCACUGCUCCAGCUUUUGACUAUCACGUGUGGUCCAACAUCGCAAACUUUCUGAAAAUUCUAUUGCACAUAUUUCAGACCACUACCGACGACGGACCAAGCGGCUCCUUGUUAUCAGGCUUUCCACCACCUCGAGGAAAAACCAGGGAUCCGCCACCUUACGAGAGAGCUCUCGAUAUUCAGAGAACUACUACCACCCAAUUGAAUCCACAUCUUCACCUUCAACCCAGCGUUGUUCAGUCAAUUGCGGUUGGGCCAAUGGCUGCCGAAGCUGCUGGAGGGCAACCGGCUUUCCCUCCAGCGUCAGCCACCCAAUUCGCCACUCAUGACUAUUUAUAUGAUGGAAAAGGGUUGAGCACGGAACGCCUGCAGCGGAGCUGCCCUAUGAUGCACGAUGUUACGUUGAAUCGAAGCAUUUUUAAAUAUUUAAAAAAUCUUAAACAAGAACAAAUAUUUUGUUCAUGGAGCAAAUUAUUUCUUGAAUCGAAUAGUCUUCUCAGUCACCAACGAAGACCGUCGUCAUGCAUCGACCUCACAUCCGAAUACGUCACACACUUGCCACUGCCAGUCUUGACAGGCAAUUUCCAUGUUCCACUUCACCGAGGCGACUAUUUCCCCGACUCUGCUGUACACAACUAUGCACCAUACGUGAGGACACCGAAUGUAAUGCCAGCAGCAUAUGCGUGGCGACCAACGGCUCCUGCAGCCGUUAUGGACCUUCCACCACCUCCACCAUAUCCUGCUGGUCGAAAGGCACCGAUGGUCAUGUGA